AUGUAUCUUCUCACCGGAGCUGCAAUUGCAGUACUAGUAACUACAUGCCUCGCUUCACCAGGAUACCUCAAAAUUGACGUCCAUAGGAGCUCUCCAUUCGAUAGCCGUCUCAUGCGCCGACAAGACUCGAAUGGCGAUGUGGAUGCCACCUUGACUCAGAACACCAACAAGCUCGAAUACUUGGUCAAUAUCACCAUUGGAACGCCCCCGCAGGAUCUUGCCGUCACUCUCGACACUGGCUCUUCUGACCUAUGGUCCCAGCCGCUUCAAGCAGCCUUUGCAAGAAAGGCAAAUGCGACGAUGGAAGCUUUGACCCGACUGGUUCAAGCACCUAUACCGUGA